AUGUUUGCCCUUUCGUCCAGUAUCCGAUGGGCCCCACGAGCCCAUCUGGUCUUUGCCAGAGCAAUUUCGUCACUGCCCAACAAUCCACAUAUUAAAGUGUUCGACGACCACACGUCCCCAGCAUCCCACAUCCUAACUCUCCUCGACAACGAUCCGCCUUCGAAGCAGCUUUCCAUUGGAACAUCUAAUAUCAUCCCGCCAACCCCCCAAUCCUUUCGCCAGAACCCCGAGUUCCUCAAGAUUCUGGAUCAAGUAAUACAGGAGUACGGCCACGAAGAUGAAGAUGUUGUGAGCCAAGCCCGCGCACUAGCCGGGCCCGGAGGAUUCAAUCUUGGAUCUGGAGGAGUCUUCUUCCCCCAGCAGAAGCGCCGCCAAAAGAAAGGUGCUGCUGGAGGUGAUGGCGCUGGAGGCGCAAGCUCCCAGGGUGGUGCUGGGGGUGCAGGCCGAGGUGGAUGGGUGCACUUGAGCGAUCGCAGAAAUCCUCCCGACUACGGCAGAAUAGCCUGGCCAGAGGAUAUCCUUGGCAGUGUCGAGGUGGAUCAGACAGGCACUGUAAUCGGCAAAGUCCAACCCAGUGGAACCUAUCGUAUCGUCACGAACGAGGGCAUACUUGGAUUGAGCCCUUUUCUAAAGGGGAAACUAGUUGAGAGACUGAAACAAGAAUAUGCCAAGGCGAAAUAA